AUGUUGCGAAAAAUAAUCAGGGCUCUAUUUUUCUUCGGAGCUGUCGUGCCUCUGGGUGAAUGCAAAGAUACGAUCGUCCGUGAUGUUGCUAUCAUCGGAGGUGGAGCUUCCGGUACAUUUGCUGCGGUGAGACUUCGAGACAAAGGCCAAUCCGUUAUUUUGAUUGAAAAAGAGGACAUACUGGGUGGGCAUGUCAAUACGUACCACGAUGCUGCUACCAAUCAGACUGUUGACUAUGGGGUCGUGAUCUACCACAACCUCCAGAUUGUCAAAGAUUUUUUCAAUCGACUCGGGGUCUCUUGGACUCUGUCUUCUUUUGACUCAUCGAGCCCGGAAACUCGAUGGCUGGAUCCUAAGACAGCUGACCCAGUCAACUACACCAGUCCCAACCCUGCUAGCGGAAUCCAGGCAUAUGCGGCACAUUUGUCGCAGUACCCGAGCAUUGAACAGGGCUUCUUUCUCCCAGAACCUGUACCAGAAGACCUGCUGUUGCCAUUUGGUCAGUACCUCGCAAAAUACCCAGAGAUUCAAAGCGCCGCCCAGGUCAUUUUCAACUUUGCCCAGGGCCUUGGCGAUUUCCUCCACCAGACUACGCUGUACGUGUUCAAGAAUUUCGGAACCGACAUCAUUAAGGAUACCGAAGGGGGGUUCAUCGUGGCUGAUAAUGGAAAUGACGAUAUCUACAAACACGCUACUGAGCUGCUCGGAAGUGAUGUACUUUUGGGCAGCAAAGUAGUAUCGAUCAAGUCUCGCAAUAAAACCGGUAUCGAUCUCAUCGUUCAAACAACAAAGGGUUAUGAGACAAUCAAAGCCAAAAAGCUCUUGAUCUCUAUACCGCAGAAAUUGGAAAAUCUGCGCCCGUUUGCCCUGGACCAGAAGGAGUCUGCUCUUUUCGGCCAAUUUAAAAACACUGGCUACUACACGAGCCUUGUAAACAACACUGGAUUACCAGCAGGCUUUGUUUCAUUCUCUGUUAGUGCCGAUACACCCUACCAUAUCCCCAAGCUGCCUGGAAUAUACUCGAUUCAGGCGACCGCUGUCCCUGGGUUGUUUGACAUCAAAUAUGGCAGUCCAGGGACCUUGUCAGACCAGUACGUUCAAAAGGAAAUUCUUGCCUACAUUGCAAAGCUCCAAGCAAAUGGAAUUGCGAACAAGACUUCCAACAAGCCACAAUUUUCCCCCAAGGACAGUAUAGCAAAGGGGUUCUACAAAGACCUAUAUGCGUUGCAGGGCUACAGAAAUACGUGGUAUACCGGUGCGGCUUUUGACACCCAAGAUUCAUCUUUGCUGUGGAGCUACACCGAAACAAGCGUGUUGCCUCUUCUUUUGAAUUCAUCGUCUUGA